CGGAAGUGACGUAAUCAACCCUGUAACAGCUUGAAAGGAGCCAGGCUACCUGCGUGCUGCGGUUCCUACUUCCAGAAGAAACUAACGUUAAACAAUGUUUUUAUUCUUUUGCAUUUCUCUCACGUGUCUGUUUUACUCCUCGGCCACGCGCAACGACCAGCCCGUCAUCGGAAUCCUGGCCCAGGAAAUCCGUGUACCCAAACCCAACCAAACGGCUUACGUCGCUGCCUCCUACGUCAAGUUCCUGGAGUCUGGAGGUGCUCGGGUGGUGCCUGUCAUGCUCGAUCAGACGCUGGAGGAGUAUAAGCGAGUGUUCUACUCCAUCAACGGGAUCCUUCUCCCUGGAGGACGGGCCAGCAUCGUCUCGUCCGCGUUUCAAAGAGCUUCACAGAUAUUUUAUGAGCUCGCCAUUGAGGCCAACAACAGGGGCGACUACUUCCCUCUGUGGGGAACCUGCCUGGGCUUUGAGCAGCUGUUUUAUUUGACGAGUUUUAAGACCACGCUGUCUCGCACCAAUACGAGUGGUGUGGCGUUGCCUCUGAGCUUCACGAACGAAAGCCGAGACAGCCGACUGCUGCGAGGCUUCCCCGCCGGACUGCUGGUCGCUCUGGCUUCCGAGCCGCUCACGGAACACUCGCACAAGUUCGGUGUGGCCGUGUCGACUCACCGCGCGGACGAGGAGCUGAGGAGGUUCUACCGAGUUCUCACCACCAAUACGGACGGAGCCACGGAGUUCGUGUCGACCUUUGAAGCGUACGACUACCCGAUCUACGGCACGCAGUGGCACCCGGAAAAAAACGCGUACGAGUGGCGGAAGCCUUACGUCCCUCACUCCGUGUCGGCCAUCAGGACCACCUUCUACAUGGCGGAGUUCUUUGUCAACGAAGCCAGGAAGAGCUUCCACAGGUUCAGGUCCGAGGAGGAGGAGAGGAGGGCGCUGAUAUACAACCACAGACCCGUUCACACUGGGCCCAACGGCUUCUUUGAGCAAGUCUAUAUAUUCUAGACAUUUACGCCGUUGUUUUUUACCUUCUCAGAAUAAUUAGUCGGCACUGUGCGACUAAAUGUUGCGUAAUGUUUGUUACAAAAGAAUAGGUCAAAACAUUUUUUUAAAUGCUUUAUUCUCUUGAUCUCUUGUGUCAUACAUUCGUUUUUUUUAAACAAAAAUUCCCUCCGUUUAUUGAAGUAGUCAAAUCAAUAUAGUAAAUAUUUAUACAUGAAUGUCGAUGCAGGGUUUACAAAAAGUCUUUUGGGAUUUUAUGGUGUAACUGGGUUAAAGUCUAGUAUUUAACUGCUGGUGCACAUGAUGCACAUUGUUUCCUCUUAAGACAUUUUGCAUCGGAACGUUUGAAUGUUUAACGUAUUUAUUUUAUUUUUCGAGUCCUGCUAAAUGAAUGUUGGUUCAACAAAGUUAGCAGCAUUACUAGCCCAGGAUUAUCUUUAUUAUAUUUAAAAAAUCACAGAUAAACCCUAAAGGUCGAUUAAAAAACAAUAGACAUAUUAUUAACAUUUACCUUCUUGCCAAAGUCUACAAUUUAUUUUCCUCUGCUUUGCAAAACACAUUU